GGUUAAAUAUAAUGUAGUUAUAAAUAAUAAUAAAGUUUGGAUUUAGUAAAUUAAAGAACUGUGAAUCAAAAUCCUUUUGAUUCAAUAGCUAACAGGCUAUAAGAUAACAUGUUUUUAAAAACGAACAUCCUUAAAGCGAUUGCUUUCAAGAAUCCUGUAAGAUUACCACUAUCAUAUUGGAUAUUAGCUUUCUUAAGAUUUGUGCUGACUUUAUUGCCUCAAAGUGGAUACAUACAUCCAGAUGAAUUCUUUCAAAAUGUAGAAGUCAUUUCGGGAGAUAUUUUCAUGAUCGAUGUAGCUAGAACAUGGGAAUUCAACCCAAAAUUUCCUAUACGUAAUAUUUUAGUACCAAAAUUAAUACUAGGUCCCCCUCUUCAUCUUAUUCGCAUAGCUAAUCCCUACAUGAAAUAUUAUUUCAAUAUUGAUUUACGAACACCAUACUUCUUACUUGCUAUCCCUAGGUUAUUUAUCUGCUUGCUAUCAUUUACAAACGAUUAUUGUUUGUAUAAAAUAUGUGUUCUCUAUGGACAGAAUUUCAGGAAUAGGUUAAAAAUAUUUGCCAGUUCCUAUGUUGUUUUAGUCUAUUGCUGUCGUAGUUUUUCAAAUUCUUUUGAGAUGAUAUUUUUUUCUAUACUUUUAUUAUUGGUUGCAAAAUGUAUGUAUAAGUCAGAUAAGGUUAUUUAUCACAAUGAAUUUUUAAAUGAGAAAUAUAAGCAAGCCAAAACACCUGUGGAGAAGGUGAAGAUUUUUAAAUUGAAAACGCAUCUGCCCAACCACUCUCUUAACUAUGUAAUAAUUCUUGCAACUAUUGUUGUUGUGGGUAUUUUUAACCGUCCUACAUUUGUUGGUUUUGCAUUCGCCCCUAUAUUCUUCUGGUUACAUCGAGGAUUGGGGUCCAAAGUCAUUGGUUUUAAAGAUUUCCAUUAUAGAAUUAUUUUAUUCAUUCUCUCCGGUGUACCAAUCCUUUUGUUGCUUAUUGUAAUAGACUCUAGUUAUUAUGGUUAUUUGACAAUGGCAGAUAUUGAAAUGUUAAAGAUAUCUUGGGAUAACUGGGUUGUCACUCCAUUAAACUUUCUGCGAUAUAAUUCUGACCUGAAGAAUCUCAAUACGCAUGGACUGCACCCACGCUGGCUCCAUGUAGCUGUCAAUAUACCACUGCUGUUUAACGUUUUGGGAGUCAUGGCCUUUUCUAUCCUGCUCAUACAAGCUUACAGAUUCAUCAGAGGCCAGUACAGUAAAUUACCUAAAGUCCAGAGUAUCACUGGUCUCAUGCUAUUUUCACUGAUAAUUCCAGUAGCCGUACUCUCACUGUUCCCACAUCAAGAAGCGCGCUUCAUCAUACCAGUACUAACACCACUUGUGUAUUUAUAUGGAAGUCACUUUUACCCCAACGACAGUGAUGGGAUCAAGUUCAAACGCUUAAAGAAAACUCUGCUCUACGUAUGGUAUGCCUUGAACAUAAUACUAACUGUAUUUUUUGGAUUCAUACACCAAGGUGGUUUAUAUCCAUUUGCAAGAAACCUUCACCGGGAAAUCAAAAGUAUGUAUGGAUAUCACUUCCACGUGAUUACAACCCAUAGUUACAGCAUACCAACAUUUUUGCUGCAGUUGGAGAGCACAAGUAAAAUUUAUAAGGAUAACAAAACAGGACAAACUUAUAGGCUGGCCCCAACUACCUUCAUACAUAAAUAUGGUUCGAUGCCAAUGAAGCAUUUGUUUACAAAAGUAAAUGACGUAUUUACUAACGCUGAACUCUUAUUACAUAAACGUAAAAGGCAGUAUAGGUUUUAUAUUGCAUCGCCGUGCUCGCUGGAAUAUGAAAUGAGACAAGAAGCUAAUAAAUACAACAUGAUACAAGUAACCAAAGACAUUACAUACUACCCUCAUUUUUCAUCGGAAGCAUUCCCGAAAUUUCCCAACAUACACGAUCAGUUUUGUCUUGAAAAUAACUCUAUACAGACCAAUCAAUCUCAAGCUGUAGAUCUGAAUAUGCUGCAACGAAUAUCAUGUUUUCUUAAAAAGUUUUGCCUAAGAGUUUAUCGUGUUAGCCCAACAAUUAAGUCUUAAGUUUACGUUAUUUAAAUUUUAAAAAAAAUAUCCUGCCAUAUAAUUUUAAGCUGUCAUUUUUCGUACAAUCUGCUUUCGUUCGACUUGUCUUCAUGAUCGAUUUUGUUUCACGACAAGUCGACAUGGCAAUUUCAAUUUUAAUACUCAAAACAUUUACUAAGGAACGAAAAUUGCAAAUGUAAACUCAACACUUAGAUUGAAUUGGCGCGAGUGUUGAGAGAGUGUCGAACUCACAUUGUGUUCUGCGCCUAAUCCUUUAUCCAGUGGCGUGAACCAGUCUAAGCAAUUAAAAAAGCCCAUUAAAGCCCAAUUUCCAUGUCGACUAGUUGCAGAAUAAACAAACCAAUGUAAGUAUGUACUACAGUUUGAAAUUGCAACUAUGAAUCUCUUGUUCUUUUUCUAUUUUGGUGCGUUUUAUUUUUAGUAAAUGACACCACUUUAGUUCCCUGAAAAAUUUAAUUUUUCAUAAUAAUCAGUGCUGUCUUGACGAUUUAUUAUACAUACGAAUCAAUACAGGCUGUAGAUUUAGGUAUGCUCCAAAAAACCCAUAUUUUAGUUUAUUAUUAAAGAAAUUAUAGUUAUUAGAAAACUAGGGUUUAUUAAAUAAGUCUUACAAUUGCAUCAUUUUAUAAGUUUGUAUGGUGACUUUUACUAAGUAGUUUUAAUAUUCUCAGCAUAUUUCUAUUGAAGCUUUCUCCAAAUUCCCCAAUAUUCAUGAUCUUUUGUGAUUUGAAUGUAUUUUUCUAUGCACAUGUAAAACAAUGCAAUCGACAGUAAUCUGAAAAUGCUACUAAGAAUCUGAUUAUUCUUUAUUUUUUAUUUUUUUAUUUAAAUGCAUAAGAUUGUGAUAAAUUAUUUUAUAUGCCCCAUUUUUAGCAUAUUAUAUUAUUUUUGUAUUUUUUCUGUAAGAUAACAAUUGUUAGUAUUUAUACCGGUUGCUAUUAUUGUUACGCAUAUGCUUUAAACGUUUGUAUGCUUGGUCGUAAACAUUCCAAACUAUGCUAACUAGAACUGUUAUAAGUACAAAAUAUUAAGACAGUUACCCAUGUACCUAAUUGAUAUUGCGCUCGAAUAUAUGUAUCUAUUAUUUGUCCCAAAUAAGUCAACAUGUGUAUAUGUGUAAGUGUAUAACUUGUAAAUACACAUAGUGUAUAUACACAUAUACACUGUAUAACUUGUAGCGUAUAAUGUUGUGUAACUUUUAUAUACACUGUAUGAAUAUACAAGUUAUACAAAAAAUAUAUUAAAAUACUCAA